AUGGUCAAAGUUGAUGGACUUCUGGUGGGCCAACUAGGCCCGAGGCCUGACUGGAAAUCAACAUCUCCAUCUAACUCCUGGUGCAUACCAGCCCCAGAAGCACCCAGAGCCACCAGGCCCCAGCAGCAUCCAGAGCCACCAGGCCCCAGCAGCAUCCAGGGCUAUCAGGCUCCAGUAACAGCCAGAGCUACAAGGCCGCAGCAGCAUCCAGGUUUACCAAGACCCAGUUGCAUUCAGAGCUACCAGGUCCAAGCAGCAUCUAGAGCUGCCAGGUCCAAGCAGCCUCCAGGAUUACCAGUCCCCAGCAGCAUCCUGAGCUUCCAGACCCCAGCAGCAACCAGGGCUACCUGGUCCAAGCAGCAUCCAGGGCAACCAGGUCCAAGCAGCAUCCAGGGGUUACCAGGCCCCAGCAGCAUCCAGGACUACCAGGCUCCAACAGCAUCUAGGGCUACCUGGUCCAAGCAGCGUCCAGGGCAACCAGGUCCAAGCAGCUUCCAGAACUUCCAGACCCCAACGGCCUUCAGGGUUAUCAGACCCCAGCAGCAUCCAGGGCAACCAGGCCCCAGCAGCAUCCAGAGCUACCAGACCCCAGCAGCCUCCAGAGCUACCAGACCCCAGCAGCAACCAGAACUAGCAGACCCCAGCAGCAUCCAGAGCUACCAGACCCCAGCAGCAACCAGAGCUACCAGACCCCAGCAGCAUCCAGAGCUACCAGACCCCAGCAGCAACCAGGGCUUCCAGGCCCCAGCAGCAUCCAAGACUACCAGGCCCCAGCAGCAUCUAAGGCAACCAGGCCCCAACAGCCUCCAGAGCUUCCAGGCCCCAGCAUCCAGGAUUACAAGGCCCCUCCAGCAUCCAGGGCUACCUGGCCCCAGCAUGCAACAGUGUGCUGUGUGUGACAUUUUGAUUAUUGUCCUUAUGCACAUGCAGUCCAAGAUGGCCACCUCCGUGCACCCACUUUUGGUUAGCUUGUCGCUGGCCAUCCUCCUGAGUUUGACCUCUCUGGGCGGACUGAACUCCUGGCCGUCAGGUCAGGCUUUAGCCCAGGUGUCUCCCAACAACCAGACAGCGCAGCCUUCUAUGGUACCAGAGGCCGCGCUGGCAACACCCACGCCAGACGUGGAGGACAAAACAGCUCCAACUAGCGGUAACCGUUGCUGGGGUUACUAUGAUGUCAUGGGUCAGUGGGACCCGCCCUUUAACUGUAACGCAGGUAUCUACCUGUUCUGUUGCGGCUCCUGCUUCUACCGCUUCUGCUGUCAGUUCAAAAUCCACAGUUUGGACCAGACUUCGUGUUCCAACUAUGACACGCCCGUCUGGGCAAACACCGGGCGGCCGGCAGCACCCGUCACGGAGGUCCAGGAGGAGCCGGACAAGGAUCGGACCCACAUGAUCGUGUAUAUUAUCUGUGGAGUGGUGGCCAUCAUGGUGUUGGUUGGGAUUUUCACCAAGCUCGGGCUGGAGAAGAGUCAGGGAGGACAGACGGACAUGACCAACUCCAGGACUCUGACAGAGCUUAUGAAGCAGCCAGGGGAGGCGGGAAUGGUGGAUGGAACCGGAGUUCAUCAUCCUAUAGGGACGAACGGCAUCUCCGCCAGAUCACUACGCUCCAACAAUGAUCAUAACCAUCUGAACAACGCAGCCUUGUCUCCCCUGGGUCCAGCCAUGGCCUUGUCUCACCCUCACAACAACCUGGGAAUCGGUUUCAACAAGUACACCUCGCUUAAGGCCGUGGACACGGCUGCAAGAGACUACUACAAGAGCUACCCAAUGGUAGAUUACACUCAUCGCCAGUCGCCUCCCACAUUCCAGCCAAUCAACUUCCACCCCAAGGAUAAGCCCUUCCUCCCACCUCCCGACAUCCACGCGCCGCUGGCCAUCACCAUCAACGCCUCGCAGAUCCCCAAACCUAAGAUCUCCAAGACCAACACCCACCCGCUCACCUCCAGCUCAGCCUUCAAAGCUUGGGACCCCAGUAAGAGCCACAUCCAGCACCCAGUGGCCUCCCACAUGGCCCUCCAGGGCCAGCAGCACCACCCCAUUCAGCAGCAGCAGCACCAGCCGCUGCACCAGCAGAACAGCCGGCGCCAGGCCUACUCCAACAAGAGGCAGUUCAGCAUCGAGACGCUGCCAGAGCUCUUCUCGCAGCCGCUGGGCUACGGCCAUUCGCCACACAUGCACCCCAAGCACAAGGGACUGCCCACCAACAGCAAGACAGAGGUCACAGUCUGA